AACAUUCAUUCUUUCGGUGUUGUCUUCAAUUGUUGUCGCUUCAGUUCGGAUAUUUUUCUAGAUAUCAAGUCGACUGUCCAACCCGCCUUGAGCGGAGACCUAUUACAAGAUGAGGUCGUUUCUUUCUUUUCUACUACUUGGCUUCUGGGGAGCUUGCGUACAUGCAUUGAGUAGCUCGGGAUCCCGCUUGCUCGUCGUUUUGGAAGAAGACAAGAACUUAUAUUCGAAUUUAUGGGCUGAUUUAGAAGACCGCGGCUACGACAUCACUUUCGAAUCUCCCAAAAGCGACAAGUUGUCGUUAUUUGCACAUGGAGAGAAAGCAUACGACCACCUUAUUCUCCUUCCAUCCAAGUCGAAAGGUCUUGGUCCUGCAUUGACCCCCAAGCUUCUGCUCGACUUCGUCAACAACGAGGGCAAUGUUCUUCUCGCCCUUUCCGGAAAGUCUACUACUCCUAGCUCCAUCAACUCUCUCCUCCUUGAGCUAGAUCUGCAUAUCUCGCCUGACCGUUCGUCAAUUGUGAUCGAUCAUUUUAACUACGAUACUAUUUCUGCGUCCGAAAAGCAUGAUGUUCUUCUUCUACCUCUGCCUGAUCCCGUGAGGUCAGAUGUAAAAUCAUUUUUCUCCGGUGAAGGUGUACUAGCUUUCCCCCGCCCGGUGGGACAGUCUCUUGGAAACGCCAGCCCGCUCCUUACACCUAUCGUACGAGCCCCCGAAACAGCUUAUAGCUACAACACCAAGGAGGACUCUCUUUCCGUCGAGGAUAGCUUUGCGACUGGCUCGCAAUUGGCGUUGGUAUCGGCACUACAAGCGAGGAACUCUGCUCGUUUCACUGUUCUCGGAUCUGCAGAGGCUCUGGAAGACAAAUGGUUUUCUGCGUCUGUCAAGGCUCCGAAAUCCAAGUCGGCAGUUACAACUGCAAAUCGGCAAUUUGCCAAGCAGCUCACUGCUUGGACAUUCCAGGAGCUUGGCGUUUUGAAGGUUGGCAAGAUUGAGCAUUAUCUCAGUGAUGAAUUUGGAAACAUUGAAGGCGCGGUGAACCCGAAGAUUUAUCGCAUUAAGAACGACGUGACAUUUGAUAUUGAAGUUUCUGAGUAUGAGUUCGAUAAGUGGAUUCCAUACAAGGUUCCCGCCAACGACGAACUCCAACUUGAGUUCACCAUGCUAUCUCCCUGGCACAGACUUAAGCUCUUGCCCAAAUCCAGCACUCUGAACAGUACCGUCUUUGGCGUCACUUUCACCACUCCCGACCAACACGGCAUUUUCUCAUUCCGAGUAAACUACAACCGCCCAUUCCUGACCAACAUCGAAGAGAAGCAUGAGGUUACUGUCCGCCACUUUGCGCACGACGAGUACCCACGAAGCUGGCAGAUCACUGGUGGAUGGGUAUGGAUUGCGGGACUUUGGUCUGUUAUUGGGGGUUUCAUUGCAUUUGUGCUAGUAUGGCUCUAUUCGGCCCCGGUGCUGAGCGCAGAAGCGAAGGUUCAGAAGAUCAAAUAAAGAUUUCGAAUUAUAUCUUAUAUACAAAAGAAGUUUGAUGUGGGUUAUAACGAGGGAAAUUGAAUUCCUUGAUGGAUGGCCAGUAUUGUACCACGCUUUUUUGAGAUAUCAUGAAUUGAAUGUAUAUUACACUGCAACAUGAAUGCUAUUCAUUUUUA